AUGGGCAUCAAAGAAAUCCGCACCGCUUUGAAAGUUGAUCUUAACAAACAUGCUCGUGAGCAACCUGGUCUACAUAACCGAUGGCAUCCUGACAUUCCGGCAUGCGGCAAAAUUGCAAACAAUGAAGUUGUCAAGAUCGAGUGUCUGGACUGGACGGGUGGGCAGAUCCAAAACAACGACUCGGCCGAGGACGUUCGAACAGUUGAUCUGACCGAAAUCCACUACUUGUCUGGGCCUUUCGACAUCGAAACGGCAGAACCAGGAGACGUCCUGCUUGUUGAGAUCCAAGAUGUCCAGCCGUUCCAGGAUCAGCCAUGGGGAUUUACCGGAGUAUUUGCCAAAGAAAACGGGGGAGGAUUCCUGGAUGAGAUCUACCCAAAAGCUGCAAAAGCAAUUUGGGAUUUUGAAGGCAUCUUCUGUUCCAGUCGCCAUAUUCCCGGUGUCCGCUUUGCUGGGCUAAUCCAUCCCGGAAUUCUCGGAUGUGCUCCGUCGGCGGAGGUGUUGGCUGAAUGGAAUAAACGUGAAGGAGAGCUCAUCGCAGCCAAUACUGUUGAUGGUCGAGUCGUUGCACAGCCACCUCAACCUAUGAAUUCUCAUGCAGGAAGUGCAACAGAAGAUAUCAAGGACAAGGUGGCAAAGGAAGGAGCUAGAACAAUUCCAGGUCGCCCUGAGCACGGCGGUAACUGCGACAUCAAGAAUUUAUCUCGAGGCUCAAAGGUGUAUCUACCGGUUCAUGUCCCGGGCGCCAAAUUUUCAGUGGGAGACUUGCACUUUUCUCAAGGAGAUGGUGAGAUUUCAUUCUGUGGUGCCAUUGAGAUGGCCGGUGUGAUCACCCUCAAAUUCACCGUCAUCAAGAAUGGCAUGGCAAAGAUGGAUAUGAAAUCACCAAUCUUCAUACCAGGUCCAGUUGAGCCACAGUUUGGACCUGGACGUUUCUUGACCUUUGAAGGAUUCUCAGUUGAUGAACAUGGUAAACAGCACUACUUGGAUGCCACGGUCGCAUACAGACAAACUUGCCUGCGUGUAAUUGAGUAUCUCCGACGUUAUGGGUACUCAGACUAUCAGAUUUAUCUUCUUCUCUCAUGUGCUCCAGUACAGGGACACAUUGCAGGGAUUGUGGAUAUUCCAAAUGCGUGCACCACGCUGGGCGUGCCGAUGGAUAUCUUUGACUUUGAUAUCAGACCCGAGGCGGAUGCGGUGAAGAGAGAUAUGGGAAGUUGUGCCUUUGCAAGCGAGUAA